AGAGGAGAACCCGACGCUCAUUAUGGGUCCAGUUCCUGCGGUUUCUGUCCUGGUUCUGGGUAUCGUGGUUCCAGCCCUGUCCGGAUAUAUUGAGGCGCUGGCUGCCAACGCCGGCACCGGGUUCGCCGUGGCCGAGCCACAGGUGGCCAUGUUCUGUGGGAAACUCAACAUGCACGUCAACAUUCAGACGGGCCGCUGGGAGCCCGACCCGUCCGGGACCCAGAGCUGUGUAGGAACCAAGGAGGGCGUGCUGCAGUACUGCCAGGAGAUGUAUCCAGAGCUCCAAAUCACAAAUGUGGUGGAAGCUGACCAUCCGAUCCGGAUUGAGAACUGGUGCAAGAAGGAGAGGAAGGUGUGCAAAGGACAUGCUCACAUUGUGGUGCCUUACAAAUGCUUAGUGGGAGAGUUCGUGAGCGACGUCCUCCUGGUUCCAGAGAAGUGCAAGUUCUUCCACAAAGAGAGGAAUGACAUGUGCGCUAGCCACCAGCAGUGGCACCGUGUGGCCAAAGAGUCCUGUGGAGACCGUUCAAUGAAUCUCCAUGACUACGGGAUGCUGUUGCCAUGUGGCAUCGACCGUUUCCGAGGGGUGGAGUUUGUGUGCUGUCCAGCAGAGACGGAGCGCGUGUCAGACAACGCGGAACAGGAAGGGGAGGAGUCUGACGUCUGGUGGGGCGGAGCUGAUGCAGAAUACACCGACAACAGCAUGACCCGCCCAGCAGACACAGGACCAGCCAUCGCCGAGGACGACGAAGAUGACGAUGAAGAUGACGACGCCUUUGAGAGGGACGAGAACGGAGAUGGCGAUGAAGACGACGAUGUGAUCGACGAAAGGGAUAACGAUGAACCAAACGCUAACAUCGCCAUGACCACCACUACCACMACCACCACCGAGUCRGUGGAGGAGGUCGUGCGAGCGGUGUGUUGGGCUCGCGCGGAGUCGGGCCCGUGUCAUGCCAUGCUGGAGCGUUGGUACUUCGAUCCCGAGAAGGGCCGCUGCGCCCCCUUCUUAUUCGGGGGCUGUGCKGGCAACAGGAAUAACUUUGAGUCGGAGGAAUACUGCCUCGCUGUCUGUAGCAGCUCGUUACCCACUGUGGCCCCCAGCCCUCCAGACGCUGUGGAUCAGUACCUCGAAUCUCCAGGAGAUGACAACGAACACACAGAUUUCAGGAGGGCUAAAGAAAGCCUCGAGGCCAAACAUCGUGAAAAGAUGUCCCAGGUGAUGAGGGAGUGGGAGGAGGCAGAGAGACAAUCCAAGAGUCUUUCUCGUGCUGACAAAAAAGUCGUCAUCCAGCACUUCCAGGACAAGGUGGAGGCUCUGGAGCAGGAGGCAGCAGAGGAGCGACAGCAGCUGGUGGAGACCCACAUGGCCCGGGUGGAAGCUCUGCUCAACAGCCGCAGACGCCUGGCUCUAGAGAAUUACCUGAGUGCUCUGCAGGCCAACCCUCCACGGCCCCGACAGGUGCUGAGCCUGCUGAAGAAGUAUGUCCGUGCAGAACAGAAGGACAGGCAGCACACGCUGAAACACUAUGAGCAUGUUCGCACAGUCGAUCCUAAAAAGGCUGCGCAGAUCCGACCCCAGGUUCUGACCCACCUUCGUGUGAUUGAYGAGAGGAUGAAUCAGUCGUUAGGUCUGCUCUACAAGGUGCCCAGUGUGGCUUCUGACAUCCAAAAACAAGUUGCAAUUAUCGUGCAGCGUGUUCAGUCCGAGCUGUCUCAGCAAGUCUCCUCCCUGCAGAGCGACGGGCGGGUGGACGGCAGGGUGAGCUAUGGGAACGACGCUCUGAUGCCCGAUCAGACCUACAGCUCGGCUCCUUUGGAUCCUGGUCUGGAUGGACUGGGCUUCAUUCACCCAGAGAGCUUCAACCAGCCAAACACAGAGAACCAUGUUGAGCCUGUUGAUGCUCGGCCUAAUCCAGACAGAGGGCUCCCAACACGACCUGUUUCUGCCCUGAAGCCAGAGGUUCGAAUGGAGACUGAAGAAAGGCAGAGUGCAGGAUAUGAAGUUUACCAUCAGAAACUGGUCUUUUUCGCUGAGGACGUUGGCUCUAACAAGGGAGCCAUUAUUGGGCUAAUGGUUGGGGGAGUUGUCAUCGCCACCAUCAUUGUGAUCACUUUGGUGAUGCUGAGGAAGAAGCAGUACACCUCCAUUCAUCACGGUGUAAUUGAGGUGGACGCUGCGGUGACGCCAGAGGAGCGCCACCUGGCCAAGAUGCAACAGAACGGCUACGAGAAUCCCACCUACAAAUUCUUUGAGCAGAUGCAGAACUAAAAAAAAAAACUGCUUCCCAAUAUUUCCCUUCCUGGUCCAUCCCCACACCCCCCAGCACUUAGACUUUUCAGUUUCUCACCUUGUUCACAGAGAAGUAAGGCUGUGAGGCAUUAUUGCAGAGGCUGAUUUUCAUCUUUCACUUUAAAGAAAUAAUAAAUCUUUGCAUGUUUCAGUCAAACGUUUGGGCCAAAGGAAACUGAAAUGGAACAAAAACUUUUAUCCCCUUUUUAUUUUCUCUUUGCUUGAUUGUACAGAUCUAAAGUACCCCAUUAACUGGUUAGACAAGGGUGCCCUGAUCUACCUGCACGUUAUCAGCCAAUCACAGGUGUUUGUACUGGAACAACCCAUUUGUUUAUACGAAACAAACAAACAAAAAAAAACACUCAACAGCUCUAAACUGACCAGGGUGCGGGUUCUCAGAGCUCCUCACUGCACGACUGAAGGGUUUUAAGUAUGUUUUACAGAAAAGAAGAAAAAAGAAAAAAAAAGAUUAAAAUAUAUAUUAUACUCAAUCAAAAUAUAUCAAAACUGGAAAUAUUUAAUGUUUUUUUAUGUGUAAUACAUUAAGACAGAGAUUAGCUGUAAGUUAAUGUAGUGCAUGGUAAUAUUGAUGACUGAAAAUUAUCCUGUAUGUGGAGGAUGGAUGAAGGGGGUCCUUUCCUCUCCUUUAGAUAUUUUAGCAGGAUUGUAUAUUUCUUUGUGUCUUCUUUGUGAUCUUGUGAUAUGAAGAAGAAAAAAAAAGGAUUUAGAAUCUGUUCUGCUUUGUGGUUGCACAGAUUUGGCUUUAAUUGACUCUGUUCUGCUCAUCUCCAUGCUUCACUGUUGUGUUAGCUGCAUGGGCUCAACGCUCUCGGAUGUAAAAUACGAAGCGCGCUAGAAUCCGAAAGGAAGAUGAUUGUGUUGCUGUUUGCGUUCUAUGCACUCAUUUUUGAAGUCUUGAUUAUGAUCACCAAAUAUGAACGUUAUUUCGAUGCCAACUGUCUCUGCACUUUUUAUUAGGAUCAAAAUUGAGCUUUAGAUAUUUUAUUUAGGACAGCGUAUGCUGAAUUUAUCGCUCUGUUGUCUUGGUUGUAAAUAUUUGGUUGAUGGUCUUUUUUUUCUAUUUCUGCUGCUUUCAUUUCCUGUUCAUCCUUUAGCUUUAUCGCAACAAAGCAGGAGUCAAAUUAACGGGCCUAGAGUUGUUUUUCCAAAUGGCUCACCUACAUUCCCUCACUAAAUGUCACACAUUCUAUUUUUCUACAUUUGCCGUGUAAACAUGUACAGUGCUUCUGUUUAAGGUUAAUGUUUCUUUGCCUGCAUAUUUGUCCUUUAGUCUAUUAGCCUUCAAAAGGCAACAAGUGACCCUAUGACUUCAGUAGACACGUUCAACUCUAAUACUUAAACAUUGAAUGUGACAUGCGUAAUCUGCAUUCUCAAAAUACAACACAUAUCACCUCAAUAAGUGUACAGACACCAACUGAAGCUCUUAAUCAGGUGAAUGUUGAAAAUGUUUUUCCCCUGUGUGUAGUUUGAUGAAAUAUUUGCUUAGAGCUUUCUACACUCGACAUACCGUAAAUAAAUAAAGUUUGAAUGUACAUAUUAA